CGCUGCUAGUCGAAACCGUAUUUCCUGCCGUCGUUGUUUCCACCUGCAGUGCGAGACUAGGAGACCUUUGCUGAACCAGUGCUUCGCAGUGCUGGUCUUCAUUGCUUUCCUCUGCUUUAGUUUGUUGUGGUCUGUGCGAUAAACGCUAAUUGCAGUUUUCACACUUGGUGAUCUUCAUAGAAGCUACCAAAGACUACAUAGAAUUCAUUUUAGGCAAAAUAAGGGAAAGGAAGUUGUUUUGAUCAAGUAAAAUGGAUCCUUGUUCAGUUGGAAUUCAGCUUCAAGCUACCAAUGAAUGUCAUAAGACCUACUAUACUCGUCACACUGGUUUCAAGACUAAGCAAGAUAUAUCUUCGUCUGACCUACUGCUACUUCAGCUUAGGACUGGAAUGACCCUUUCAGAGAGCAAUACAAUCUGCUUCCAUCAUGCAAAAAUUUACAUUGAAAGAUUUGAAGACUUGCAAAAAUCAUGCUGUGAUCCCUUUAAUAUACACAGAAAACUUUCAAAGAAAAACUUACGUGCAAUUGAUUUAGAUGAUGCAACUUUUCUAAGUGCCAAGUUUGGAAGGCAGUUUGUACCUGGUUGGAAGCUUUGUCCCAAAUGCAUGCAGAUAAUAAAUGGAAGCGUGGAUGUUGAAUCUGAAGAUCGCCAAAGAAGAAAACUUGAUUCAGAUGGGCGUACAGCUAAGGCUUUGAAGUCUCUGCAGUUUGCUAAUCCGGGACGACAGACUGAGUUCACUCCUGAGACCAGUAAAAGGGAAAAAAGAAGGCUGCAAACAAAAAGUACAUCAUUUAAUUCAGACAGACAAGUUAUACCAGCAAAGAGUAAAGUCUAUGAUAGCCAGGGACUCCUCCUUUACAGUGGAAUGGAUCUCUGCGAUUGUCUUGAUGAAGAUUGCCUGGGCUGUUUCUAUGCUUGUCCCAAGUGUGGUUCCAACAAGUGCGGAGCUGAAUGUCGCUGUGACCGCAAGUGGCUAUAUGAGCAAAUUGAGAUAGAAGGAGGAGAAAUCAUUCGCAAUAAGCAUGUGGUGACAUCAAAGAUCAGAUUGGCUGAAAUCCUCUACGGAAUGAAGUCUUCUCUCAUAUUUGGAUCACGUAUAUGUUCAGUGACCCAGCAGCUGCAGUAAUGGCCUGACCGAAUCUGGGAGAGACCUUCAAAGGUAUCUAACACCGCCUGACAUCAGUGGCAGGGCUAUUCAGUAUUCACUGUUGACAAGCCCUGCAGGGUAGGGCAACUAAAUAAAGUUGCACAUCCAGGUCUUGCUUUUCAGCUAAAACAGUGAAUGCUUAUGCUUUCGCAGUCUGCAGUAUGCAUGCUGUUCUUGGUAGGGGCUCACCUGAUUUAUUUGCUAUAUUAAUUCCAUAAGUGAUAACAACAAGCCAUUUCCCAUUGUAGCUCUUGCAGGGCUUCUGCUUGAACAACAGCUGCCAGGAUGGCACACACAUUUAAUUCUUACUGUAUUUAAUAGAACAAUCUACAGGUUUCAUACACAGUUUGAUCAUAUUCAGUGAUUGCUUUGGUAGACAUCUGAAAGUUAUACUAUCGUAAUAGAGGAAUGGCAAACCAAUCUCUCUCCUACUUGUGCUUUAGUAAUGCUCUGUCCUGGAAGACUCUUUAUCUUUGUGUAUUUAUCUUUCUUCUCCUUUGAAGAUACAGCUAUUCAUUCCAAAAAAUCCAGUAGGCUACUGUGAAAGUUUUAUUUGGUUUAUUUCAAUAGAUCCAGUACCCCUAUACAAUGGUGUAUGUUGGAAUAUCAAUCAAUUAAGGUACCAACAGAUUCCUAGUUGAGUUCUGCCAGAGUUACGAAGUUUUGCUUUGUUUGUUUGUUCUUUUGUUUUUAAGAACAGACAAUACGAUGAGCCUGAUUAUUUUUGAUUAAGUUUUUUGUCUGUGGAGACCUGUCAACUGAAGAGUACAACUGAAGAACGUCCCUAUACCCAUUUUUUGAUGGGCAGGAGAAGAAAUAGACUAUGCUCCCUUAGCAUAGACACCACUUCUAUUCUAGUGCAAACAUACAGACUACAGUCCUUCCAUGUUUAGGGUAGCAAAAUGCUCUUAUCCUCACGGCAGCAGUAAAGAGCACAAGAUGCACAGAACUUACUCUGAGCUAGGGAUAUGUCAGUAUCCAAGGCCUGGCCUCAUACCCCCGAUAGACUAAGACUAUUGUCUUUCUCCAGUUCAGUUAUAGAACAAAAGCAUCAGCUGUGGCACCCGGGUGAGCAGCUUUUAGAGGAACAGAGCUUAUUCUAAUGCUAUUCUUGACUUUAUUAUCUGCCAUUCUCUUACACUAAGCCAAGAAGGAUUCUUCUAACACAGGCUAGAGCAAAUUUAACCAAAUAAAAAACAGAACAAUAUUCAAUUUUAGCUGCUUUGCCCAUAGUAUUGUCUUCCCCAGCACCCGACGCUUUCCAGACUACCUUUCUUUGUUCUGUCUUGUUUGGCCUCAAGUUCUACCUCUCCACAUCUGCACACAGGAAUAAUUGCCAAUAAUUAAGUCACCUGGGUUCCCCCAAGAAAUUAAGAGUUCAGUCAAGAGAAGGCCUUUGGCUAUGAAGGGGCAGAUGAAAAUAAAGAAAAGGAAAAUCAGAAAAAGAUGUUACAACCAUUCCCUAGUAUGUACUACAUACAUGCAAGCACACAGACCCCUUGUAGCAGUGAAGAAUUGUGAUGGACUGAAAAAAGCUAGUCUGAAAGAAGUCUAGUCUAGCUCUGCCUCUUCAUAUGAUACAUACGGAGCUGACAUUCUCAUCCCACUGCAGAGCCGGUGUUGCAGCAGCAUAGCAAUAGCUGUUGGUAUCAGGAGCUGUGCCCCAGCAAGAAUUAUGGGCAAAGCAGGGAGAGAAGAUGGUAGUGCCUCCUCACAGAAAUAAGAAACCCAGUGGGCUUAAAGAUGGACUUCAGUAGUGGUGUUUGUGGGCGGUACCACUGCUGCAUCACUGUGGAGAGAAAGGAAGGAAGUUAAAGAGUUAAGGGGGUGCUUGUUACUAGACAUUCACUUUGGCAGUUGGGAAACUGAGGAAAGAAAUGCAUCCUGUUUGUUGGGGAUAAGAUGUUAUUAGACUGUGUUGUGGAGUGAUUUACUUACUGUUCCUAUUUUAUUGAUUUAUUCCUUCUGGGUUUCUCCUUCUGCUUACUAAGUUUUCUUUAUCUUACAUGUAGGCUUGGUGCUUGCCAGCAACAAAUAUUAAAGAACAAAUUUGCUUUCCCAAGUCUCUGUGUUCUGUGCACAAGGACAACCUUAAUUUUAGACUGAGCUUUGCUGUUGCUGGCAAUACUAGGCAAAAGAAAUGCAUCUCAGGUUGAGGUUAGAUAUUUGUUUGAUAUUUGCAAAGUCCCUAGCCUUGAUUCUCAGACCUAGCUGAGUUCUCUGGCAGUCUUUUCAAACUGCUAUAGCUGAAGUCUUUUGAGUCUUUCCAAACCACUGACAUUUUACAGACCUGCAUUUGGAAACUUAAACCUAAUUUGGCUUGCAAGUUGGUAUCAAGAACCUUUAGCACAGGGAGCAUGCUGUUUUUUAAAAUGAGUCAUGUAAUAGAUCUAGCCAAGCCGCAAUCUACGCUGAGGCCUCAGGCUACCAACUAACAUAUCCUGAUGAUAUUUCAGUGGCCUACACAAAGUCAGCACUUAGGCUUGCAACCACUUCCCUUGUAUGAGUACCAUCUUGACUAGAAUCUCAGUGGAGACAAAGAUGAAGGACCUUGCUCAGAGCCCUUUCAAAACAGUAGGCAAAGGUAUGGGAGGAAAAAGGAAGUCAUUUGCUCUUUUGUAAUGGUUGGUUUCACAGGCAUUGUUAGUACCUUUCCUCACCCAUACUGGUACUAAAAUACAGGCACUGAAUGAAGUAAAUAGUCACUUUUCUUGGCAGCAAUGAUUCUUCAGCAACACACAAAGCACCCUUGUCUUUGCCUGGAUUUGAAUAGGUCUGUGAAACUCUAAAAAACCUUCUCAGUUCUAGAGGUGAUCCUUUUCACUCCGAGACACAUUGGUAAAACCAAGCCUGAAAAGUGAUAGCAAUUCUGUGUACAUUCUAGGAUAUAAAUAUAAGGCUUCAGAGCCCAGAGUUGUCACACAGUUACCAGCUGCAAAUACUAAAAUCGCAGUGUUUCUGGGAAAUGCUGAUGUUAAAUUAACAAAAAGCUCAGAUAUAAAAAUAUAGCUGUAAUUUAAAAUUCUCUUUAAUACAAGCUCAUUCCUGCACUUGUUGUAAAUGAACAUAUUUAUAGACAGUGUUAAAAAUGGAAUGGAAAUUUGUGUUUAUGAAAAAUAAGGAAGUGUUGUAAAUGGAAGAAGAGAGGUUGUGUAAUAUUCAUGCUGAAAUGAGGCUUCUCUAACAGUAUCCCAUCAAGAAUGUUAACUCUUAUUCAGUAACUCUUCAUUCUAGCUCAGACACUGUCAGCUGUACACAGCUGUGUCUAAGCACAUGAUGUAUUUUCACUUUUGUUUAUACUGUUCUGGUUGAUACUAAUCAAACUCUCUUCAGAUAAGAGUACAUCAUGCACUUGAACUCAAUGCUGAAAGCACACUUUAUCCUCUUACUGAGCAGUGUGUGUGUGUGUGUGUGUGUGUGUGUGUGUGUGUCACAUCACAGGUGAAGAAAAUUGAGGGUCUAAAAUCUAUUAUCCUCAG